GUAGAGCUUCGGCUGAGGACGACGGGAAGAUGCCGCACAAGAUAGAAGGCUUUUUGUUAUUACUUCUCUUUGGCUAUGAAGCUACAUUGGGAUUAUCGUCUACAGAGGAUGAAGGCGAGGACCCCUGGUACCAAAAAGUAUGCAAGUGCGAUUGCCAAGGAGGAGCCAGUGGUCUGUGGUCUGCUGGCGUCACGUCCUUGGACUGUAUACCAGAAUGCCCAUAUCACAAGCCCCUGGGUUUCGAGUCGGGGGAGGUCACACCGGACCAGAUCACCUGCUCUAACCCAGAGCAGUAUGUGGGCUGGUAUUCCUCGUGGACUGCAAACAAGGCCCGGCUUAACAGUCAAGGCUUUGGGUGCGCCUGGCUCUCCAAGUUCCAGGACAGCAGCCAGUGGUUACAGAUAGAUCUGAAGGAGAUCAAGGUGAUUUCAGGGAUCCUCACCCAGGGUCGCUGUGACAUCGAUGAGUGGAUGACCAAGUACAGCGUGCAGUACAGGACCGAUGAGCACCUGAACUGGAUUUACUAUAAGGACCAGACUGGAAACAACCGGGUCUUCUAUGGCAACUCGGACCGCACCUCCACAGUUCAGAACCUGCUGCGGCCCCCCAUCAUCUCCCGCUUCAUCCGUCUCAUCCCACUGGGCUGGCAUGUCCGCAUUGCCAUCCGGAUGGAGCUGCUGGAGUGUGUCAGCAAGUGUGCCUGAUGUUCACUUAGGCUCGGCGCCUUCCUGGGGGUGAUAGGCACACAGCGGGCCCAUAGGAGACCCCUGACACACCACCAGGGUGGACAGAGCUGUAUUUCACAAAGGAAUUUUAACUGCAGUACGGGGUAGAUAAUGUUGCUUUUUUUUUAAGAUAUAGUUUUCUGAUUUCAAUGAAAUAAAAAUGAACUUGUUCCCCACUCAGGGCCAGAGAAAGUCAGAACAAAGAAAACGUCCCCGAAACCAAUUUUCUUACAGAAGCCUAAGUAGCAGGGGUAAUUUGCUGCUCAUUUCUUUGUCUCAGUGACACUAUGAAAGGUGCAGUCUCAGGAGAAUAAAAGCAGCCCCGAUAAUUUAAAAAGUCCUUUGCUUUACCACAUUCAAGACUAAAACAGUUUCCUAAAGCCUGGCUUCAGAUGCGGAAGGGAGCAGGUCUUCCUAGUUAAGGUUCUACUAAAUCAUCACCAAAGAGGACUUCACAGCCCUGGGGAGGCAGCUGAGGGUCUCCAGGGUGACUGGGUGGCAGGGAUAAGUGUGGUGGGUGAGGGUCCCAGUGCCCUGAGAGGCUGUACAUUACAAAUGACCAAAAGCUCAAGGUAGGGGAGGUCCCUCUGCUCGCAGUUCUUACCUUCAAGGUGGUCUGGGCUUCCACCCCCGACCAACCCAGGGAUCAGGGAGGGUCCAGAGCUCCCUAUACACACAGCUCCAUUCUGCAAUCCAUUCCUGCAAAUUCCCCGUGUCUGUGGUCCCCAUUUAGGUGAUCACAAAGCACAGCCUGCACAUCUAAGUAUAUGUAGGGACCCCAAAUGACCAUUAACACAGCACAAUUGCCCUUUACCUAGGGCUACCAUUUCCCAGCAAACUAAACAUAUUUUGAGAACGGCCGGCCCAGGAGCUACCACUGGGUACUCAGAGGCCCAUUAGAUCGCUACAGGCUUAGGAGGAAGUGGGAAGGACUCACAUCAUAAAAAGGACCACGUGGCUUUUUCCCUGAAAGCUGCUCACCCUCUACCUUCUGCCUUGCAACAGGCAAACUGCGCCCGCUCCUGAAAAGCUCUCUGGGAAGCAGUGGACCUCACCUUCGCUUCCUGGAGGCGGCGCCUUAGAUUGAGAGGCCUCAUUGGCCACUUAGAGCCCAGCCUGAGUUUCCAGGUCCCUCCCUGGGAGAGGUUGCUAAACACCGGGGAAGGGCAGGAGAGGUACACGGAGAGGAGGUGGUGGAAUGAGAGAAUGAGGCUGCUCCAAAGACUUGUCCUGGCCCUAGACACAGGGUAGCUUUUGCCAGCAGCUCAUUUCCGAGUUACUUUUCGUUUUCAAAUGCCAAGGCAAGUGACUACACUCGCGCUAACACAGUCCUGGACAAUACAUUCACCUUCCCUGUGAACAGGUAGCCUUCUAAAAGCCCCAGAUAUCCUCCUUGAUGUUUUAGGGGCUCAAUUAUUUCAUAUGCAAUCCAGCAUCAUUCUAGUCCCCAUGCUGUAUGCUUGAACGUCGGAAAACGCUUUUCCUUGCCCAAUCUUCUCUCAAAUAUAAAUAUAUCACACAGGGUGUCGGGGGAAAAUCUUAUCCCUGGCCUUAGGACACAGGAAAAAAUCUAUUUUGGACAGAAAUGCCUGAACAGAGACGCUUAUUUGGAAAGGUAAAUUAACUUUGGCCACGACAUGGACUGUCAGACAACAUGGCAGUAUCCUAAGAGUUAAGGACUUCCAUAACCGGCACAUCAAACAUAGGAGUCAAGAGAGUGCAGUUCAGGGGAAAAGGAAAGGAGGAAACUGAGGCAGGGAAAAAUGUUCUCCAAAUAAUGGUUCAUGUUGGAAACUUUUGUAAUGGCUUUAUUGAAAUUUAAGUUCACAUACAAUUUGUAUCCAUUUAAAGUGUACAAUUUGAAGACUUUUGGUAUAUUCAGAGUUGUGCAACCAUUAUCACUAGAUCAAUUAGAAAAUUUAUCACCCCAAAGAGAAAUCCUGCACCCAUCAGCCAUCACUCCCCAACCCAUCGGCCACCCCAAGCCCUCUGUAACCACAAAUCUGCUGUCUCUAUAGAUUGGCCCAUUCUGGACGUUUUCCAUAAAUGAAAUCAUAUAGUAUGUGG